GCGAAACGUAAAUAAAAAAAUAAAUCAGUGAUAAUGAAGUUAAUUAUAAUUUAUUUAGCGCUUCUAACGACUUACUGUAAUUCUCUUCGUCAGUAUACAAAAGAAGAUAUCCUAAGGCUAAGAGAAGAUGCCAAGAAGAUGUUUUAUCACGGAUAUGACAGCUAUUUAAAGUAUGCAUCAGAUUAUGAUGAAUUGAAGCCACUGAGUUGUUGUGGAAAGAAUACAUGGAUUAGUUCCAAACUGACUUUAAUUGAUGCAUUAGAUACGCUAAUUGUAUUGAAAAACUACACAGAAUUUAAGCGAGUAUCAGAUUACAUUAUAGCUAAUGUAGAUUUUGAUAAAGACAUUAAUGUAUCAGUCUUUGAAACAAACAUCCGAAUUGUAGGAGGUCUCUUAUCUGCUCAUUUGUUAUCACAUAAAGCACAAAUGGAACUAGAGCCUGGAUUCCCCUGUAACGGACCACUAUUAAGGCUUGCUGAAAAAGUAGCUAGGAAGUUACUUCCUGCAUUUGACACAAAGACAUCUAUGCCUUAUGGAACUAUUAACCUUAUGCAUGGUGUGCCUGAAGGCGAAACUAGUGUGUCUUGUGUUGCAGGCAUCGGAACUUUUAUUAUAGAAUUUGGCACAUUGUCAAGAUUAACGGGCGAUUCAAUUUAUGAAGAAGUAGCAUUAAAUGCUCUAUAUUCCCUCUAUAAUCAUAGAUCAGCAAUUGGAUUAUUAGGAAAUCAUAUAGACGUACAAACAGGAAUUUGGACUGCUCAAGAUUCAGGCAUAGGCGCUGGAGUUGAUUCAUAUUAUGAAUAUUUAGUAAAAGGAUCAAUUUUGUUAAAUAGACCGGAACUAAUGGAAAUGUUCUUGGAGCUUCGUAAAUCGAUUGAUAAAUAUUUACACAAGGACGAUUGGCAAAUUUGGGUAAGCAUGAAUAAAGGACAAAUGACGCUUCCAGUCUUCCAAAGUUUACAAGCUUUUUGGCCAGGACUUUUAUCUCUAAUUGGUGAUAUAAAUCCUGCCAUGAAGAUUCUUUACAACAUGCAUACUGUGUGGAGACAGUAUGGAUUUUUAGCCGAGAUGUACAACAUUCCAAAUGCUGAGCCUACAAAUGCUCGAGAAUCUUAUCCUUUAAGACCAGAACUUAUUGAGUCUGUGAUGUAUUUGUAUCGUGCAACUGGCGAUCCUUAUCUUUUGGAGGUUGGUGAAGACAUUCUUACAUCAAUAGAGCAUAGUGCAAAGACAAAUUGUGGAUAUGCUUCAAUUAAAAAUGUCAAGGAUCAUCGGAAGCAAGACUCAAUGGAGUCAUUUUUCUUGGCAGAAACUACAAAAUAUCUUUAUCUACUUUUUGAUCCUGACAACUUCCUGAAUAGCGAUGGAAGAUAUGGAACAAUAAUAAAUACUAAGAAUGGAGAGUGUAUUAUUGAGUCUUCCUACAUAUUUAAUACUGAAGCACAUCCAAUUGAUUUAGGUGCAUUAAAAUGCUGUCAUGAUUUGCCUCGUGAGUCUUUAGUCAAAGGAUUUAGUCGACAGAAAUAUUUAGGUGAUAUAGCAAUAGAAAAAUUUAAUGACGAUGAUUCCAAGACUGAUGAUUUAGAUAACGAAUCAAAGCCUAAUGAUGAGUUUAAGCAACAAUUGUUGGAAGAGAUCAUAAGUGCUUUAUCUAAUGCCAAUAAAAAGAUAAAAGACAAUUUAGAUCUGCAAAAGCGACUUGUUGAAGUCUCAAACCGUCAAAAAUUUGAUAAAGAACAAGAAAUUAAGGUAGAGCAGCACGCAAAUGUCGAUGAAGACAAUUCAGGUGAUGAAAAGCUAGAGAUUAUUAAAUUAACAACUAAUGAACUGGAAUCAGAUGACGUUAAUCAGUCAAAACUAGAUAAUGACUUAAAAUUAGAAGAUUCAAUUAAAAGUCAAGUCAAAACAGACAUAAAAAUAAUUAAAAAGUCAGCCGAGAAAAACAAUAAUUCGAUAAUAACAGAGUUUGUUAAGAACAUCCUUAAGACUGCACAGUCAAAGCCAAAGAAAUUUGAUUCUCAAAUAUUACUUGAGAAAAUUAAAACAAAUUCAUUUGGAUUCACUAGGAAUGAAACGUGGACUACAAAGUAUGAUUUACUUACAUGUAAAGCUCAAGCUUAUAGUAACAGAAUCAGCGUAAUGGGCGAGUUUUAUUGAUAUGUUUUAACUUUUAAGAAACUAUGAUAAGAAUAAAAAAAGACGUUAUAAAAGAACUUGAAAUUUCACAGCAACCCUGAUAAUUAUGUCGAACCCUGUCGUGCA